AUGAGACAAAGAAGGUGGCUAGAGUUGGUAAAGGAUUAUGAUUAUGUUAUAAACUAUCAUCCCGGUAAAGCUAAUGUUGUAGCUGAUGCAUUGAGUAGGAAGUCGACAUCCAGUGUUGCGAGUAUGAUUGUAACUCAAAAAUCAGAAUUGAUAGAUUUACAGAAAAUGGGUAUUGAAGUUGUGUCGCAAGGAUUUGUAGAGGCUAAACUUGUAGUGCUGACAUUUCAGCCAACUUUAUUGAAUAAAAUUCAACAAGGACAACAGGAAGAUGAUUGUUGUUCCAAGAUAAAGAAUGAUAUACAAGAUGGAGAAGCUUCAGAUUUUCAUAUAUUAGCAUAUGGUAUCUUGCAAUUUAGAGGACGAUUAUAUGUACCUGAUGCAGAAAAUAUUCGAGGGGACAUUUUAUCUGAAGCUCACAUGACACCAUAUUCUGUUCAUCCAGGAGCUACUAAAAUGUAUAGAGAUUUGAAAUUGCAUUAUUGGUGGCCGAAUAUGAAGGUUUGUUCCACUUAUUCCAUGGAUCGAUAUGCUCAACUUUAUGUACAAGAAAUAGUCAGAAUUCAUGGAGUACCACUAUCUAUUGUCUCAGACAGGGAUUCGAAGUUUGUAUCUCUCUUCCAGAUAUGGUACGUGAAAUGGCUGAGGUUGUGA